CAUGAGCGUCGCAGUGAAGUGAGUUUCCCACAGAACAGCGACCUGUGACUCCUCCUUUCCACGGGGCUUCAGCCGCGAUGACCCUCGGCGCCGUGUCCGCCACCGGCAGCACGGCGGGGGGCUGCUUUUGCUCGUGCUGCGGGGCAAAGAUGACCCCCUACUUCAGCGAUGACGCCGUGGUGUCCCAAAAUCAGAUCAACCACUUCAUCAGUGAGAGCUUCCUUACAGUAAAAGGUGCUGCCCUUUUUCUUCCUAGAGGUAAUAGCCCCACCCCUAGCACCACUCCUCACAUCAGCCAGCACAGGGAUAAGCACACUGGUGACCUACAGCAACACCUUCAGACAAUGUUUACUGUGCUGAGGCCGGAGGACACCAUCCGACUGGCUGUUCGUCUGGAGAGUGCCUAUCCCCGGUGUACACGCUACAUGGUUGUGGUAUCUACCAAUGGGCGGCAGGACACAGAGGAGAGCAUAGUUCUUGGCAUGGACUUCACCUCCUCUGACAGUUGCUGUACGGUGGGUCUGGUUCUACCUCUGUGGAGUGACACCCUUAUCCACUUGGAUGGAGACGGAGGUUUCAGCGUGUCAACAGUCAACAGGGUCCAUGUCUUUAAACCAGUCUCUGUCCAGGCCAUGUGGUCAGCCCUCCAGUCACUCCACAAAGCCUGCGAGGUGGCUCGCUGCUUUAACUACUAUCCAGGCAGUCUGUUCCUAACCUGGGUCAGCUAUUACCAGAGCAGAAUCUCCUCCGACCAGCACUGCAUCAAUGAAUGGAACGCCAUGCAAGACGUCCAGUCUCACCGUGCAGACUCACCUGUCCUUUUUACCGAUGUGCCCACUGAGAGAGAGCGCACAGAGAGAUUGAUUAAGAUGCGCCUCCGAGAGAUCAUGAUGCAGAAAGACCUGGAGAAUGUAACCUCUAAAGAGAUCCGUACAGAGCUGGAAAUGCAGAUGGUGUGUAACUUACGGGAGUUCAAAGAGUUCAUCGACAAUGAGAUGAUCAUCAUCCUCGGACAGAUGGACAGUCCUACUGAGAUUUUUGAUCAUGUCUACCUGGGUUCUGAGUGGAAUGCCUCUAACCUAGAGGAGCUGCAGAACAGUGGAGUGCGCUACAUCCUGAAUGUGACCAGGGAGAUAGACAACUUCUUCCCAGGGAUGUUUGAAUAUCACAACAUCAGAGUGUACGACGAGGAGGCCACCAACCUGCUGGAGUACUGGAAUGAGACCUAUAAGUUCAUCACCAAGGCCAAGAAAGCUGGUGCUAAGUGUCUGGUCCACUGUAAGAUGGGUGUGAGUCGCUCGGCCUCCACAGUGAUUGCCUACGCUAUGAAAGAAUAUGGCUGGGACCUAGACACUGCUUUUGACCAUGUUAAAGAAAGACGGGCCAUCACCAAACCUAACCCUUCCUUCAUGAGACAGCUAGAGGAAUAUCAGGGUAUUCUCCUGGCCAGCAAACAGAGGCACAACAAGCUAUGGCGCUCCCACUCAGACAGUGACCUAUCAGAUCAUCCUGAGCCGCUGUGUAAACCCGCCUCUCACAUUCUGGGCCGUUCUGACCAUCACAACAAUAAUAACAACGCUUCCUCUCCAUCGUUGCAUCACUUCCUUGGCCUGGCUGUGCUACAGGCCCUGGGCACUGAACCCCAAUCCUCAGACUCAUGCUCCAAGUCCACCACCACUACAAACACUUCAGACUCGCACAUACUCUCCAAUAGUGUAUGCGACUCUCCAUCUGAGCAGGAGGUUGACUCACAGCCUUUGCACCAGGAUUCCCUCCCUCCUCCCCUUCCCAGACCACGGGCUGCAACUGUACUGCCCGAGGAGAGGAUGGACAUUGCACCCAGGGUGGCAGUCACCCUGCCUGCGGCUGUGCCCCAUCCGCCCCCCUCCUUCCACAUCCUCCCCCCUUCCCCCGAACGGCACCGUGUUCCCCCAGAGUCCCCGGAUUUGCCCAAGUGGAGCAGCUCAGAGGAAUCCUUCCCACUCGCUCUGGACUCCAGUGACUCUGAUGCUCCAGAGCACUCCUCAUCAGAUUCAGCCAGCAACCUAGUGAGCCCCUUCUGCCCAAGAACUUCCGCCACAGUCACGCCAGUGGCUCCUGUGGGUCCCAGUGACGACAACAACAACCCGAGUGAGCUAGAGACAGGCGGCACCUUUGACUGCCGAGGGGAGGCUGAUAGGUCCUCAAACCACAGUACAGACAGCAUUGACUUCUUUAGCGCCAGAGAAAAAUUUCUAGGCUUGUCCAAAGAUGGUAGGACCCGUACCCUUUCAGAACAGGCACAGCAGAGGAUAACCAUGUCGCUCUCUCUGGGGGACCCCGAAGAGACAACAACUAAGGAGGGAGAAGAGCAGGUGAAGGUGAUGAGUGAGACAUCUCUAUAUUCUGAGGACAGUGUUGACAAAGCCAGUCCUGACAAAACUCAUCAUCACCAUGACAAUGGAAUAUCAGUCCGUCACAUCAUCACCGAGAUUGAAUCCAUAUCCAAUCCUGCCUCAUCCCUCACCACUCCCUCGUCGUCUUCCUCCUCCAUUCUGCCUUCUUCCAGAAGCCCACAGUCCACUCGACAAGACCUACAGGAGGACAGAGAGACUGGUGAGAUUACUCACGGGCCCCUAACCCCUUCCUCCUACCCCCAGUCCCCCUCCACACCCCCUUGCGAAUGGCCGUCUGGCUCAGUGCGUCGGGCCACCAAGCAACUGGAGCAGAGGCUGAGGCAGGAACUGGAAACUGUGGCCCCUAACUCCUCUCAGCGAUCCCCUCUAAAUUCCCCUAGUAUAGAGCAACUGCCCAUCCAAUCUCCCCUGUGCUCCUUGAGCAUGGUAAAUCUUCCUGUUCACUCUUCUCUGCACUGUAUGGAGCAAACGCUUCCAUUUGGACACGCACUCACUCAGGGAGAGAGCGUGGCUAUAUCUGCUGUUGUCAAGGCCAAAGAGAGUGAGCUCGAAAUACUCAACUCCUCAGGCAUUCACACCCUUCUAGACACUUUACACUCCCCUGACUCUAACAUCAGCCAAGUCUCUGAUGCUGUACCUGACACUGUGCGCACUUUCACAGGCAACCACACUGUGACACAGACCCAUGCAACAUCAGGGCUGAGGGGCAUCACUUUUCCAUUAGCCAACCAAUCACCAAAUACCAAACCCCAAGCCAAAAGUCAAGGCCAGGUUGACAGCCAAAACCAGCUCCACAUCCAAACAAAUCCAGAACCUUUCAUUCAUAGCCGACCCCAGUUAAAGGCUCAGCCACAGGCCUCAUCAAACCAAAUAGAGCUUGUGGGAGUGACCAGCCAGGAGUCUGACACAGAUGAGAGCCCAGCCUCUGCUUUUCAGAGUAAAUUGUUGGGUUGUGGCCCUUCCUGCGAAGUGCAGAGCAAGCUGGUUCGCAGCAGCCAGGAGCUGGAGAGGAUCCAGGAGACCCUGAGAGAGCUGCAGGCCUUCCUCCAUGAGGCCGGCGACCUAGAGACUGGAGAGACGCUGGAGCAACUGGAGAUAUCUGACCUCAGCCAGCCACAGGGAACAGGGCCAAGUGUGCUGUCAAGAGAGGCAAUGGACACAGAUUUAGGACUCGGGAAAGAGGAGGCUGUUUCAGAGCUGGGGCAAGGGAAGGGGUCCAGAGAGAGACAGGGAAAGAGUUUGCGUGAGGCGGCGGGGAGGCAACAGUCGAUGGAGCUGGAGGCUCGUCUCCGCCAGGCGGGCCUCACUCCACCAUCCCUCAUGAAACGCUCAGCCUCCCUGGCAAAACUGGACUGUCUAGAACUGUCAGCCAAUGACCUCAGUGUCUGGGAACUGACUCCCCACGCUACAGCCCUGCCCUCAAACCACCAAGGUCCCCGCUGCGUUUCCCCCUCUCACCCUUGCUCUGGCCCGGAAGAUGUCUGGAAGAAACAACGGGUUUUGGAUCAAAACUCUCACGCCAAAGACACCGGUUGGUCUCACGGGGGCAAGGGUCCCGAUCACUCCUCCUCCUCGCCAGCCUCCCUUUCUGUCUCCUCUACCCGUCACCAGCAUCGGCAGGAAGACACUGAUGAGAAGCAGGAGCCCGUGGCCGCCGGUGACUGCACCGUUGUUCUGAUGACGCCCCGUCAGCAGGCGAGGGGUCACUUGUCAAGGCGCCCUCGAAAAGUGUCAUCUGAGAAAAAACGGACCGUCACUGUGCUAUACAACACCAUGUAACCUCACCGGGACUGAACUCAAAAAAGGAAGCCACUGGAAUGGAGUGUGUGCAUGAGAGAGACAGCAUAGUGUGUAUGAAUGUUUGUUUCUGUGGUAGUGUGUCGAAGUGCUCAGAUCACCCGAACGCUCCUCAGCGCAUGUAGCCCCUGUAACUUCCCAUGUAUGUACAGUUUGUAUGUGGAAAACAGAUGUGAACCCGUGUAUGCAUGUUUGUACCGGAUGUGUGCAGAUAUAUUGACUGGAAUCCCAUGUUAUUUGCGUGUUUGUAAUGGUAUGAGUAUGUCUGUACAAAGAUGAAAUCUGAAGCAUUUAUGGUAAGGCUGAAACUGUGUGUAUCUGCCACUAUGUAUGCGUGCCCCUUUUUCAGUGCGUUUGUUUUCAGUGUGUGGCCCUCGCCGCCUGUUCAGGAUUUAUAAAAUACAAACCUAAUUUCUAAAAUUGCAACGAGGGGGCUUUCUCAAAACAAGCACUUUACUUUUCUUUUUUUUGUUUCCUUUCUUUUCCUCGUAAGUUUAAGUACAUUUUGUAAACGCUGUUCUCACCCCAGGGGAGUAUUUUUUGCACUGAAUUCCAUAGGUGUUAGCCUGUCUCUGUUUGUGUGUUUUUGUUUUCAAGGGGACAGAUAUGUUCUUCAGAUUUUUAAAAACCAGGACGAAGCUGUUAUAUUCUUUUUUUAUUCAAUGCUUUAUCCAUUAUUAAAGCAAUCUGUGGCAUCUAUCCUCCCAUCUUUGGAUCUGUCUUUAUGUUUGAUGUUACUUUCACAGUGUAUAAAGUUUGAAACUUGCUGAUGUUAAGCGGGAGCUCAUACAAUAGUGUAAUCUGGGGUCCGCGGUGGUGUAGCGGUCUAAGCAUCGGCUCUGUGUCGAUGCAGUUGCCCACUGGGGACUGGGGUUCGCGCCCCGGUCUCGUCAGAUCCGACUAUGGCCGGACUCGACGAAGCAGCGAUCAUUGGCAACGCUGUCUUCGGGAGGGGGGCGGAGUCGGCUUGUGUUCGUCACGUGAAUGCGUCUUUGUGUGUGUCGGAAAAACAGUGGUUCGGCUUGGAGUCGCCUUGUCACGAAAGUGGCGAGGCGGUCUCCUUCGAGACUGCCGGCCGGUGAGAUGCAGUUGGCGAACGCAUGCAGUGCGAGGGUGGGUGUUUGAAUUAAAAUAGAGAUCGAUUGGCCACUAAAUUGGGAGAAAAAAGGGAAAAAUCAGAAAUAAAUUUAUUAAAAAAAAUAGUGUAAUCUGGAGGGGACCAGUGGCAUCAGAAGAGAGAAUGUGGAUCAAAUACCUCUUGUCCAUGUGGUUGAUAUGGUGACGUGGUGAAAUAAAGUAUAUCCAGCUGAGGAGCCACGGACAUAAAUGACCCCAGUGUAGUCAGAUGAAUUUAAAGGUUGUUAAUAAAUAAUAUGAUGUCAGUUACAAUGUAAUAUUGACUGUGCAUGCACUGGUGUUAGGGAAAGAGGUGAGAUAUCAUUUUAUUUUUGUUAAAAAGGAG